AUGGCUGAAGCUGGGGCCGGCUUUCUGGAGCAGCUCAAGUCCUGCUUCGUCUGGUCGUGGACUUCUCUGUGGACUCUCUGGCUCUUCGCCGCGCUCUUCCUGGUCUACGUCCUGAGGGGGCCUUUGAAGGUCAACGACAACCUGGCCACAGUGAGUAUGUUUUUGAACACAUUAACCCCCAAGUUCUACGUGGCCCUAACAGGCACUUCUUCAUUAAUCUCAGGGCUUAUUUUGAUAUUUGAAUGGUGGUAUUUCCGCAAGUAUGGGACAUCAUUCAUUGAGCAGGUCUCUGUGAGUCACUUACGCCCUCUGCUGGGUGGGGUGGACAACUCUCCCACCAACUCAAAUACAAGCAAUGGGGAUUCAGAUUCAAAUCGUCAGAGCGUUUCAGAAUGCAAAGUCUGGCGAAACCCACUAAACCUGUUCAGAGGAGCUGAAUACAACCGGUAUACUUGGGUGACUGGAAGAGAACCCUUGACGUACUACGAUAUGAAUCUUUCAGCGCAGGAUCAUCAAACAUUCUUUACAUGUGAUACAGACCAUUUAAGGCCUGCAGAUGCCAUCAUGCAAAAGGCAUGGAGAGAGAGAAACCCACAGGCCAGAAUAUCUGCAGCACAUGAAGCCUUAGAGUUAAAUGAGUGUGCCACUGCUUAUAUUCUUUUGGCAGAAGAGGAAGCAACAACUAUUGUAGAAGCAGAGAAACUCUUUAAACAGGCCUUGAAGGCUGGUGAAGGCUGUUACAGGCGUAGCCAACAGCUGCAGCAUCAUGGCACCCAAUACGAAGCCCAACACAGACGGGACACUAAUGUAUUAGUCUACAUUAAAAGGAGGCUGGCUAUGUGUGCAAGAAAGCUGGGGAGGACCAGGGAAGCUGUGAAAAUGAUGAGAGAUUUAAUGAAGGAAUUCCCUCUUCUCAGCAUGUUCAACAUCCAUGAAAAUUUGCUAGAAGCUCUGUUGGAGUUGCAAGCAUAUGCAGAUGUUCAGGCAGUUUUAGCAAAAUAUGAUGAUAUCAGUUUACCAAAAUCAGCUACAAUAUGCUACACAGCUGCCCUUCUCAAAGCCAGAGCUGUCUCAGACAAAUUUUCUCCAGAGGCAGCUUCAAGGCGAGGGCUGAGCACGGCAGAGAUGAAUGCAGUAGAAGCUAUUCACAGAGCUGUAGAAUUCAACCCACAUGUGCCAAAAUAUCUCCUAGAAAUGAAGAGUUUAAUACUGCCUCCUGAGCAUAUCUUGAAGAGAGGAGACAGUGAAGCAAUAGCGUAUGCUUUCUUUCAUCUUCAGCACUGGAAACGGGUCGAGGGGGCCCUGAAUCUCUUACAUUGUACGUGGGAAGGCACUUUCAGAAUGAUCCCUUAUCCCUUGGAAAAGGGGCAUCUUUUCUACCCUUAUCCCAUCUGUACAGAAACUGCAGACAGAGAGCUUCUUCCAUCAUUUCAUGAAGUCUCAGUUUACCCCAAGAAAGAGCUUCCCUUCUUCAUUCUCUUCACUGCCGGAUUAUGUUCCUUCACAGCUAUGCUGGCCCUUUUGACACAUCAGUUUCCAGAGCUAAUGGGAGUCUUUGCAAAAGCAUUUCUCAGUACUCUCUUUGCCCCUUUGAACUUUGUCAUGGAGAAAGUGGAAAGCAUCCUGCCCUCCAGCCUCUGGCAUCAGCUGACAAGGAUCUGAAGGAAAACAAAUCGUCCUCAAUGACUGCCAUGACAUUUUCUGUGCCAACUUCUCGUUGACCACCAGAAAGCAUGAUUUUUU